GGAGAGGAGAGUGAGUCCGGGGGUGGCUGUCCUUGUCUUCUUCUAGGUUUAGGGUUUCGGCGGCCAUGGCGACGACGCAGCAGCGGCAACAGCAACAGGCAGCGGGAGGCUCGAAGAGGAAGCCGGUGUUCACGAAGGUGGAUCAGCUGAAGCCCGGGACGACCGGGCACACCCUCACGGCGAAGGUGCUCACAUCCAAGACCGUCCUCCACAAGGGCCGGGCCGGGGCUGCUGCCGCUGACCUUCGCCCCAUCAUGAUUUCCGAGUGCCUCAUCGGCGACGAGACCGGUGCCAUCGUCUUCACCGCUCGCAACGAGCAGGUUGAGUUGAUGAAACCGGGCACCACCGUAAUACUCCGCAACUCAAAGAUUGACAUGUUCAAGGGUUCAAUGAGACUGGCUGUUGACAAGUGGGGACGCGUUGAGGUCACCGAGCCCGCUAGCUUCACAGUGAAAGAGGACAACAAUUUAUCUAUUGUCGAGUAUGAGCUAGUGAAUGUCGCGGAAGAGUGAAACUCUAAAACCUGCAUCGAAGAAUCAUCAGUAACUUCUUACUCCUCUCCUGCUGAUUGAUUGGACUGUGCAGGGUGUCAAAGCAAGUGUUUCCAAUUAGUUAUGUUAUUGCUGAUGAAGCUAGUGAUGGUUUCAACCUUGCAAGAGUCGAGGCCUGACUAAGGUUGUUGCUCCAUCAGUCUGUUCAGUUGAUUGACUUAAAGUAACUUAGCUGAUAUUACUAUUGUCUGAUGCAUAUAUUAGAAUUUAAACUCAGAACAAGAUUUUUAUUA